AUGGGUUCUGACAGUUCUUUCCUCAUCGAUUUCAUGAUGGGUGGUGUUUCCGCCGCCGUUUCAAAGACCGCUGCUGCUCCAAUUGAGAGAGUUAAGCUUUUGAUUCAAAAUCAAGAUGAAAUGAUCAAGCAAGGUCGUCUUGCUAGAAAGUACGACGGUAUUGCUGAAUGUUUCAGAAGAACUGCUGCUGAAGAAGGUGUCGGUUCUUUCUGGAGAGGUAACACUGCUAACGUUAUCAGAUACUUCCCAACCCAAGCUUUAAACUUCGCCUUCAAGGAUAAGUUCAAGGCCUUAUUCGGUUUCAAGAAGGAUGACAACUACUGGAAGUGGUUCGCUGGUAACUUAGCUUCUGGUGGUUUAGCUGGUGCCACUUCUUUAGCUUUCGUCUACUCUUUGGAUUACGCCAGAACUAGAUUAGCUAACGAUGCCAAGUCCUCCAAGGGUGACGGUAAGAGAGAAUUCAACGGUUUAUUCGAUGUUUACAAGAAGACUUUAGCUUCUGACGGUAUUGCUGGUUUAUACAGAGGUUUCGGUCCAUCUGUUAUCGGAAUUGUUGUCUACAGAGGUUUAUACUUCGGUUUAUACGAUUCCCUUAAGCCUGUUGUCUUAGUUGGUCCAUUAGAAGGUUCUUUCUUAGCUUCUUUCUUAUUAGGUUGGGCUGUUACCACUGGUGCUUCUACCGCUUCUUACCCAUUAGAUACCGUUAGAAGAAGAAUGAUGAUGACUUCUGGUCAAGCCGUUAAGUACAAGGGUGCUUUCGAUUGUUUCCAAAAGGUUGUUGCCGCUGAAGGUAUCAAGUCCUUGUUCAAGGGUUGUGGUGCUAACAUCUUGAGAGGUGUUGCCGGUGCCGGUGUUAUCUCCAUGUACGAUCAAUUGCAAGUUAUUAUUUUCGGUAAGAAGUUCAAAUAA